AUGAAUUGGGAUCAAUAUUUACCUGUUGGUUCACCAAUUUUUUUGCAAUUUAAAUCAACCAAAACCGGUGAACUACUCUAUGCCUAUGUAAAUGGAAAUUAUAUCCAAUUAAUGUAUACCAAUGAUCCAAGAACGAAAGAUUUUGUAAAUGCACCUGUUUGUGACAGAGUCAGACCAACGGACUAUCCUGCGCUAUUCUACUUAUCGUUUUGGGAUCCCAGUGGAGAGGUACUAGUAAAGAAGAAAGGAGCUCAGAUUUUAGGAUCGAUCGAUCUCGACUCGAAAUACCCAUAUUCCUUCAGUGGAAAUAGAUUGUAUCAUUCCAAUAGCAUGUCGACUCAACCAGCUAUCUUACAGGUCCAAGAUGACAACACUGUAAUAGAUUUUAAAAGCAAACAGAAACUCACUUUGGUACGAAGUGAUCAUACUUACUUGGGUGUCGGUGGUGAUGAAGUAGUAGUUUUGGUCAGUGCGUUAAAGGAUACAGUUAAUCAUGGCAGAGAAGGAUAA